GUGACUUGACGCAGGCUGCUGGGGCGCCAGGCAGCAGCAGUAGCUGUCCCGUCAUCAGCUCACACCCAACGGGGCUGCAGCGCACCGCUCCUCCGGCGUGAACAUCAUGACACCCGGAUUCAAAACCGCAAUCUGAGCCGCACUGAGGAAAUCGGCGGAGGACUGUUAGCAACGGACGUGGAUACCCACACACACACACACACACACAUACAAACACACACACUCAUGCACAUAUACAUACACGUUAACACACACAGGAUCGCUAACAUUGCAGCGGCCACCAGCAGCACAGCGCAGACUGGAGCUGUGACCGAGGCGAACUCCACCGCUCCGUGGAAUUGCUCUCUUCGCCCCAGAGACGCGUCCCGCUCGGACCCCUGCUAAAGAAAUCCCUCCCCGCGAGUCGUUUCACGCCAAAAAUGUCUUCUUCGGGCAAGGACGCCAACAGCGGGCAUUACGCCAACUAUGUGGGACCGUACCGCCUGGAGAAGACGCUGGGCAAAGGACAGACAGGUCUGGUGAAGCUGGGUGUCCACUGUGUCACAAACCAGAAAGUUGCCAUAAAGAUUGUCAACAGAGAAAAGCUCAGUGAGUCAGUUCUUAUGAAGGUGGAGCGGGAGAUAGCUAUUCUCAAACUCAUAGAGCAUCCUCACGUUUUAAAGCUGCACGACGUCUACGAAAACAAGAAAUACCUAUACCUGGUGCUAGAGCAUGUGUCUGGUGGGGAGCUUUUUGAUUACCUGGUGAAGAAAGGCCGGCUAACACCGAAAGAGGCUCGAAAGUUCUUCAGACAAAUCAUCUCCGCUUUGGACUUCUGCCACAGCCACUCCAUAUGCCACAGAGAUUUGAAGCCCGAGAACUUGUUGUUAGAUGAGAAGAACAACAUCAGGAUAGCAGACUUUGGCAUGGCGUCUCUGCAGGUCGGGGACAGUCUGCUGGAGACCAGCUGCGGAUCUCCACACUACGCCUGCCCAGAGGUUAUCAGGGGGGAGAAGUAUGAUGGGAGGAAAGCCGAUGCGUGGAGCUGUGGAGUCAUCCUGUUUGCACUUUUAGUGGGUGCUCUUCCUUUUGAUGACGACAACCUGAGAAACCUGCUGGAGAAGGUGAAGCUGGGAGUUUUCCACAUGCCUCACUUUAUCCCUCCAGACUGUCAGAACCUUCUGCGCGGCAUGAUUGAAGUAGACCCCAUCAAGAGGCUGACGGUAAGCUGCUGCAGUCUGCUCACAGCUGGAAAGAACGAGCCAGAACCCGAGCAGCCCGUCCCCAGGAAGGUGGCCAUCAGAACACUUGCUUCGGUCGAAGAGAUCGACCCCGACGUCCUGGAGAGCAUGCACUCCCUGGGCUGCUUCAGAGACAAGGACAAACUGACCAAAGAUCUGCUGUCUGAGGAGGACAACCAGGAAAAGAUGAUCUACUUCUUGCUACUGGACCGGAAGGAGAGGUAUCCCAGCCACGAGGACCAGAACCUGCCACCACGCAACGAGAUCGCAGACCCUCCCAGGAAGCGUGUAGACUCCCCCAUGCUGAGCCGUCACGGCAAGCGGAGGCCGGAGAGAAAGUCCAUGGAGGUGCUGAGCGUCACAGAGGGAGGGUCUCCUGUACCGGUGCGGCGAGCCAUCGACAUGGCCACGCACGGACAGAGGUCACGGUCAAUCAGUGGAGCGUCCUCUGGUCUGUCCACCAGUCCUCUCAGCAGUCCCAGGCCCAUCCGGCGGUUUUUUAUCCCGCCCCAAUCUCCAGACCUGUGCCAGUCCCCCAACUGCAGCCCCACCCGCUCCCCCGAGGUCCGCCUUAAUGGGGUGGGGCCCCGUACGCAUAACUCCUACCAGCCAAAGAUGGGCUCGCCCAUCAUGCACCCCCGCACGCAGACCCUCCCUGCUAAGCCCAAAGUAUCUGAGAAGCCCCUGCAAACCACCAGGUCCAACCCACUCCCUAACACGGACCAGACUGCCACCACCCCUAAAUCUGAGCCCUCCACCCCGAGCCAGCCUCUGGCCCCUUGCAUCCCCAACAGCCCCCGGGUGAGGCGCCACCCUCCCCUUACCGUUCCCCCCAAGCUUUCUAUCCCUCUCUCCCCGGUGCCUCCGAUGUCCCCACUCCGCCGCCACCACCUCCACCCUGACCACAACGCCAAAUCUGUCCCCAUCACGCAGGUGACUCCCCACCCCUCCCCCAGAGGGAGCCCUCUCCCAACCCCCAAAGGCACCCCAGUGCACACGCCCAAGGACAGCCCGGCUGGCACGCCCAGCCCGACACCACCGCCCAGCCCUUCCAUCGGCGGCAUGCCCUGGAGGACGCGCCUCAACUCCAUCAAGAACAGCUUCCUCGGCUCACCACGCUUCCACCGCAGGAAAAUGCAAGUUCCCACCCAGGAGGACAUGUCCAGUCUCACCCCAGACUCCUCGCCAGAAAGCACUCCGCCUUUGCUCUUCCACCAACCUCACCCUCCUACCCUCUCCCACCGUCUCUCUCCCCAGAUUCCCAGUCUGAGCCACAGCGUCAUCUCUCAGACCAGUUUCCGGGCAGAGUACAAGUCCACAGCUGGUCCGACGGUUUUCCAGAAGCCGGUGAAGUUCCAGGUGGACAUCACCUACACCGAGAGCACCAGCGCCACAAAGGAGAACGGCAUAUAUUCUGUCACCUUCACCUUGCUCUCAGGCCCCAGCCGACGCUUCAAGCGUGUGGUGGAGACCAUCCAGGCCCAGUUGCUCAGCUCCAACGACCAGCCUGGCAUCCAGCCACAGAUAUCCGAUGGCUCUCAGCGCUCAGCUUCUUUGCCCAGUAAAUCCUCCAAGCGUGGCAGCCCGUUGAGUAACUUCUUUGACGUAAUUAAACAGCUUUUUUCAGACGAGAAGAACAUCCAAGCGUCCCACUCCCCCGGCGCCACGCCUAGCUCCCCCACCAAGCAUACCCCCAGCAGCAAGCCCAACCAGCCCCCACCUAAUGACUCUAAAUGCCCCCCUGGCAAAGACAAAACAAAGAUGGCUGCCAGCAGCAGGACACAGGAACAACCUUAAGGAGCCGUAGCUGUGCAUGACUAGAUGAAAGCAGUAAUCAGGUCAUUAAAUAAGAGAAAUUAGGAGAGCUGCUAACUUUGCCCUUUAGCUAAGAAUAAAACAAGAAGAUCUACUUUUUGCCUAUAAAUUUUGUACUUAAUAAUGGGAAUGGCUAUUUCAGUUUAAAAGUCGAUCAGUAUUUUACAAUAAGUAGCAGAUGUAGCUUCGUCGUCCCUACCUUGUGUCCCUCUCUGUGUCCUCCUCACAUGUGUGAUGGCUUGACUUGUCUCUGCCACCAGGGAUCAUCCAUAAUAACUAUUAACCUUGGCGAGACGGCUGACAGCGGCCUGCUGGGCCUGCCAGCACCAGGAGAGUUUGAAACUGGAAAAGACUGAGGACCACUUCCCUAGCCCACUUGAAUCCACUCCCCCCGCCCUAUAUCUUUGAGUCUCUUCCUGCUGCCGCAUCAGUAGAGUACACUUCACCCCGCCACACCAAACACAGACACGUCUUGGAAGACUUGUAAAAAGAAAAAGAAAAAAAGCCUUAAGACAGUGACGUUUGUCAGUCUGCACACAUGUAUACCCUUCCCUCUUUCUUCCAUUUCUCCUACAUGUACAUAAAAAAAUGCACCCACACAUACACCUCGGCAUAAACAACCUGUUCGCGUGAUGAACUUGAAAUCGAGAUGGGAUGCAGGAGCGAUGGAAGAAAGCAAAGGUGGACGGAUGGAUCAACAAACACUGGCUGGAUUGUAAUUCUUUUUAAAAUCAUAUUUCUUUGUGAGCAGCAGGUUCUUUUAGCUCGCUCUGUGGUGUUUCUGUACAUGGGUUCUUGCAAUUAAAGACUGCCCAUAAAAGUAUGAUAAAGAGGGUUGGCGGUGGUAAUAAUAUAUAAAUGAAUGAUCUAUUCUGUUGUACAGACUAAACUAUGUCCCUGCUUAAUGUCAAAAAGUGUAGUAGUGGCAUUAUGUUUUAGAGUUUUUGCCAUAUUUUCUUUUGUAUUCACGAACAGGCACGGCCACACCAGCAUUUGAAAUGUUUCAUUGUAACAGUAGAUGGAGCUCACAUACAGGAAGAGACCUGCAACCGAGGUCGUGGGGAGUCAAGAAAUAAUGCAACUGCUAGCGAUAACGGCAAAACAACCUUUGUUAAUGUGAGGUACAUGAAUAGUAAUCUAAAUGAGCUAGCUAGCUAGCUGCAGACUUGCUAGCUAAACUUAGUUUCUCACUUCAGACGGAAGAGCCCAUUACGGUAAAAAAUAGAAAUGCUCAAAAAGCCAUCUUGGAUUUAGCGCUAGCAAGUUCUUGCUAGCUAGCGCGUUGACCGUUAACAUUGCCCAGGACAUUUUGCUGGUGUGACCAGGCCUUUUUGCUUAGUCGUCUCCUUUUUAUUUUGCACUUUGAACAUUUGUCUUGAGUUACACCAUUUCAGUAUGUUUUAAAUUUUCUCUUUUAUUCCCCAAGUUCUUUUAGAUUAUCUGCAGGUUUCAGACAAUAUUGAACUGCUGUGUAUAUUUUUGUACUUUGCUGUAUUUUGUCAUUUUUUUAUUUAAUUUAUUAUUGUUUAUUUAUAUGAAAGAUGUAGAGAAUGUUUCUUAAUGUCAGAUUAUUUAAGGAUAUUUUUGUCAUGUUUAAUUUAUUUGACCACUGAGAAAUGAAAACAUUUGUGUGUGUUUGUUGCUUUUCCCUGGUUUUUGAUGCAAGAAACCUUGUAAUAUAUGUUUGGGAAAAUAAUUUACUGUAAUUUAAGAAUGUAGUUUUAGCCUCUUUGAGAGGAACAAACCCUUUGUUGAUAACUGUCCUUUUCCCCAUGCCCCGUGCGCGUAUGACGGCUCAGAACUCACCAAACACUCAUUCUGUAAAUAAGCCGAGUUUACUGGCAAGCUUAUUUAAAAAAGAAAAGAAAAAAAAACCACAAAAAAACAAGGGGAUCCCUAUUCUUAGCUUUGACCUUGUAUGGUUGUUUGCAUGUUCAGCAUUUGUCUUUUCUUUGCAUGUUGUCGUUGGAAUUGUUCUCCUCUUCCCCUUUUCUCUACACGUUUCAGUUCUUUAUGUGCAUUUAUUUGAAUUUGCCUUUUUGUUUUUUUACGUUUUCAUUUAAUUUGCUGUCCUUUCUCUUUUUUGAUUACUGUGUGCACACAGUAACCGUGCAAUGCAUUCUCCUUACUCAUUCUCUCAAAGAGGGACCUUGCUGGCAAUUGGGUCACUCACUCAGCCCAUCUGGGUGUGUGUUGAGUUGUCAGAAAGAAAAAUUAAAGCAAUACCUUUCAUCAUUCGCUUUCCUCUUUUUCUACUGUGGGAAUCCAGAGCACACAGAAUGGACUCUUCGGUACUGAGCGCUACUACUGAGCAGGAUAACCAUUUGCAAUGUAUUCCCUUGUGAUGUUACUGUGAACAACUUCAGUGCUAAAGGAAAUAAAUCUGUUGACUUUGGAGUAG